AGGGAUAGGAAACACAUCAACACCGAGUAAUUAAGGUGCGUUUCGCUUGUCUUGUGUUCGCUUCCCCGGCUUUCUUUGUUUUCGCCUCUCCGUCCUCAGAUAAAGCCGCCCACGACCAUCACAUUCGGCAUUCCGGUAAGAGCGUCGCCGUGUGCGCGCACAAGUACACGUUCUCCCUGACAGAUAAAAGCGUACCUCAUUGACGUUCGCCCCCUCCCUUUCAAAAUGGCCGCCGUCUCGAGUGCGGAGAUCGCCAAGCGUAUCCGCGAAGGUAACCUAAAGCGCAAGGAAGAGGAACGCAAAAAGCAGCAGCUGGAGCAAGAGUAUCGUGAUGUCAUCUCUGAGAAAAUGAACGAGGAGCACCAAAAGCGAAGCCCGACCCGCUUUCUGCCGAGCAUCUUCAUCUUUCUCCUGUUUGUGAGCUUCCCGCUCUCUGAUCAGGUGGUGGACUGGUACCUCGUGGGCAUUUUCUGUGUGCUGAACACGCUGCUUGCGCUCGCCUUCACCAAUCCGACAGACUGGAUGAGCGUCGCAUCGACAGUGCUCAUCAAUUUUUUCUUGGUUCGUUUUUCGGCUGAUGUGUACCAGCUGCCGGAGCGACUCAUGCAGGUGCCGAUGGUGUUGCUGCUGAACUACGUCGCCGUCAAUGUUCUCAUUGUCGCUGCGGCGUACUGCAUAUACGUGAACCCGCGCUUUCUCGAUUACAAGCAUCGCUACCAGCGCCCCAGACGCCCUGCGGGCACCUCCAAGAAAAAAGCACUCACUGCCGAUGACCAGACUGUUUUAGACGAGUUCGCCAUGGAGAAGGCGAAAGCAGAGCGGCUGGAUCUGCUGCUGUGUCUUCUGCUGCUGCUCAACCUUGCUGCGAUGAUCUACUUGAACGUCAUUCCCUUCGAAGCUGUUUGGAAAGGUGGGCUAAACGCUUUCCGAAUGCUUCAAUAG